AUGGCCAAGGACAAGUACGUCGAUCCAGCCACUUAUCCCAGCCUUUCCGACCACGAAAUCUCCACUAUCCGGAAAAUCUAUUCCUUCACCGAGGCGUACUUCCAGAAUCCACGUUUCGAUGCAUCCCAUGAUUUCGAACACGUGCGGCGAGUCCUCAGUAAUGCUCUAGCGAUCCUCGAGAAGGAAGAAGAGGAACGCAAACAGAAGGCCUUGCCCGCAUUGAACCCACUGAGUGUGAUUUUAGGAGCGUUGCUGCAUGAUGUUGAGGACAAGAAGUAUGUCGAUGUGACGGUGGACCAACAGAAGAUGACUUUGCAAAAGGCCGUGAUUGAGGCCGGUAUGCCAGAAAGCUAUGCUGAGCAUGUCCAACUGUUGGUCGAGGGCGUAUCGUAUUCCUCCGAAGUGAAGAAUCCUCAGCACGUCAAGAACCUUAUCGACGCUAUACCGGAGCUGGCUGUCGUCCAAGACGCUGAUCGACUUGAUGCCAUCGGAGCCAUUGGAAUUGCUCGAUGCUUCACCUUUGGAGGCGCAAAGGGUGCCAGGAGUCUUCAAGACUCGAUACAACACUUUGAGGACAAGUUGCUCAAGCUGGAGGGGAUGAUGAAGACUAAGGCUGGAAAGGCAAUGGCCAAGGGGAGGUCGGACAGGAUCCGGGAGUUCAUGGAGUGGUGGAAAGAUGAAGCUGGUACGACUGGUUCAUCGAGAUAA